AUGGACGACGGGGGCGCUAGUACAGCAUCUGGCUCCCCUCAGUCGCGGCUGUCGAACCCGCCAGAGCAGAACGACACCACGAUUCAAUCAAAUGUUGAGACAGAGAACUCUCCGAAAACGUCGCCGAUAGAUGAAGACGUGGACAUGGACGAUGCCGAAGACGAUGACUCCCGACUGCAGAACGAUAUCAAAGCGCAGGUCGAGGCUGAACCGGAACGCCAGCCCUCCCCUUCACAGUCCGCCGAGCCUACGUCCCACCCGCAACCGGCAAAUAAUACCAAUACCGACUUUACAACGCCCACCGAACAACAGAACGCCGAGCAGGUGAUACCUCCCGCUCCCGCGCCUGCUCCAGCGGGCCCGGCUUAUUAUAGCCUCUUCAGCAAUCCGCCCAAUCUGGGGUGGAUCAGGCAGGUUCUGUUUGAGCUGAAAGAUUCCGUGGAAAUGAGCGUGGAGGAGUUCCGUACGUACUGGCCGUUUAUAGAUAACGUCUGGGUGAAGCAGAGAUCCAAUUCGACCAAGGACGGUCUUACGACUACCGAUUACUACAUGUGUCGACUCCGGAGGGCGACGUGCAGACCGAACCCGUCAAGGCCGCUGCCGGAGGGGAAGAGAGCGAGGAAGAAGGUGAUUAGGGAAGGGAACCAGUGCAAUGUGCAGAUUAAGGUGGUGAAGUUUGAGGGAGCUUACUCCGCCGUUACGAUCACGAGGACCCCUGGGAGCAGUCGGACACAUUCGCAUGAUUUGGACCACAUUGACAAGGUGAAGCGGAAUUCGGGCCUUAUAGAGUAUUGCAGGAAGGAAGCUGAGAAAGGCUACCUGCCGUCCUCUAUAUAUGCGAAGUUUCGUGAGGAGCCGGAUAAGCUGCUGGUGGCGGGUGGGAAAUUUUUCAGCGUCACCGAUGUCCGCAACGUCUCGGCUAAGUGGCGCGCUUUACAUCCCGAUGUCAAACUGAGGGAGCAUGAGGGUUAUCAUUAUCAGCAGGGUCAUGGUAUCAUGCGCAUUCAAGGUCCCGUGUUAGAGCCUCGUAAUGGAGCUGUGCCGCCGCCGCUGCCGCCGCCACCGCUCGAGUCCCAAAACGCUCGUUGCGAGAUUCCUCCAGAUGCGCUACCGUUUCCUAGCUAUUCUUUGGACUUUCUGCAGCCAUAUCUCCCUAGAUAUGAGGAGAAUCGACAGUUCCCCUUUGUCACCCUAACAUAUGCAUCCUCCAUGGAUUCGAAAGUUUCCCUUUUCCCCGGCGUACAAACAGCCUUAUCCGGGACUGAAACGAAAUUGAUGACGCACUAUCUUCGCUCUCGGCAUGAUGCCAUUUUAAUCGGGGUCGGAACUGCCAUGGUGGAUAACCCCGGCCUAAAUUGCCGGCUGACAGGUUCAGGUGGCUUCGGAGGAUUAGGCAAAAUGUGGCAACCCAGACCAAUUAUCGUGGACCCAACUGGAAGAUGGCCUGCAGACCCGGAAUGCAGGCUUUUAAAAACUGCCAAGGAAGGGAAGGGCAAGGCACCAUGGGUUGUCGUCUCACCCGGAGCAAACAUCCAGCCAGCUAAAGUGCUAGCGCUCAAGAAUCACGGAGGCGAUUACCUACGCAUUGUGGAAUAUAACCAGAGCUGGAGGCUUAGAUGGGAAGCUAUUCUACGCGCUCUAGGAACCGAGGGAAUCACCAGCGUCAUGAUAGAAGGCGGCGCCACUGUAAUUAGUGAGCUACUAAAUCCUGAAUACGUUGACUUCGUCGAUUCUCUUAUCAUUACUGUUGCUCCUACGUUUCUGGGCCAGGGUGGUGUUGGGGUCAGCCCGGACGCGAAAAAGGAUAACACAGGCAAACCUAUCAGUGCUCUUAAUCCCCGUGAUAUCAAAUGGCAGCCGCUGGGUCAGGAUGUUGUAAUGUGUGGCAAGAUACGCGUUCCUCCUGCUCCACAACCCAUUCUCUCCGGCAUUGAAACUGUCGCUCAACAAGGUGGCGAAGGACAUGACGCGGAAGAGAACGCACAGAAUGAUGCUAACGCAGCUGCUCAAGGAAACAAAGAGGAAAACGCCGAGAAUUCUCAAGAAAACUCGUGA